AUGAAGCAAGUAGAGGAACUUUGCUUGGUAGACAAAAGAAGACGAAGAGAGAAGAAUAUUGGUAACAACAACAAUGGCGAUUCGGUUCGAAUCCAGACAAGCGAAAAUCAAAAGAAAACUCUCAACUUUCUCUUCUUGUCCUUUUGUGUUCACAUUCACAAGGAGAGAGAUAGAUGCAGGAGUGGCUAUUGGUUGAGAAUCGUGGGAACCUUGAAAGUGAAGGUUCAUAACUAA